AUGCUCACAGUUGCCACUGCAAAGAACUGGGAUAUCACUCAACUUGAUGUGAAGAAUGCAUUUCUUCAUGGUGAUUUGCAGGAACAAGUCUAUAUGAUUCAGCCACCAGGGUUCGAAGAUGCUGCUUAUCCCAAUCAUGUCUGCUCUCUAAAAAAGGCCUUAUAUGGCUUGAAGCAAGCUCCACGUGCAUGGUAUGACAAGUUCAGCAAUUACCUCUUGGAGUUCCGUUUCACAUGUAGUCGAGCUGAUCCUUCUCUGUUUACUUAUCAUUGUAAUGGUAACACCAUGGUCCUUUUACUAUAUGUUGAUGACAUUUCUCGCUUUGCAAUGAAAGAUUUAGGGAACCUGCAUUACUUCCUUGGGAUCCAAGCACAAUCUUAUCCUCAAGGCUUGUUCCUCCAUCAGACCAAAUACACUGAAGUGAUUCUUCAUCAUGCCAAUAUGUCCACCUGCAACUCUUGUCACACUCCAUUGCCACAACGUCUUGAUCAUGUUUUUCGUGAUACUCGAUUGUUUUCUGAGCCAUCCUACUUUCGUAGUCUUGCCGGGAAACUCCAAUACUUGACCAUCACGCGUCCUGAUAUCCAAUUUGCCGUUAACUUUGUCUGUCAACGGUUGCACUCUCCCAUGGUAUCUGAUUUUGGUCUUCUCAAACGCAUUCUUCGUUAUCUCCGUGGUACCUUUGUUACUCUUUUAUUCACAAAUACCUCAGCCAGUAUUAUGAUACUUAAACGUAAAUCAGCCGCAAUGACAUCCCAUAAGUAA